AUCAUAGCGUGGGUAAAAGAUAGAAUAGAAUAAGAUGGGGAAAAUCUCUGCAACUAGAGCUGCUAUAGUGGGGCUAGUAGUAUUCAUUGCACUUGCGAAUCCUUGCUCUGCCCGUUCUACGCUGAGUAGCGGCCACUCCCUGUCAGCUGGGCAGUCUCUGAAGUACGCGCAAUAUAUAUUCGUAAUGCAAGAUGACUGCAACCUGGUUUUGUAUGAAGACAGUGUUGAAGUGUUGUGGGCGUCGGGAACAAGCGGAAAAGGAGGCGCCGCUUCGUGCAAAUUAAGGAUGCAGGGUGACGGCAACUUGGUGAUAUAUGCGGGUAAAACCCCCGUCUGGUCUUCGGGAACCUCCGGGGUGAUUGCUCCCUAUUAUUUGAGCCUUCAGGGCGACGGUAAUGUUGUUAUUUAUGGGCCGUCUGGAGCCAUUUGGGCAACUAAUACUGCUCAGGACGAGAAAAAACUGCCUUAA